CAAAAGUCUUAUAGCUUCUCUUCUAAUCUCUUUGAUCAUCAAUAAAUAUGUUUCAAAUAACUUACUAUCGAAUUCAAUAUGUAAUGGAAUCCGUGCAUGCUUCCAGUGCGUGCCGAUCUCAUAUUAAACAACAUUCCCGGUUUAGGCUUGAGAAAGUAAAACACUCUAAUUUAUGUAAACACCAAAUCAACCAUCUACAACAAGUAUAAAGAGGUGUGCACGUACUCACUUUGCCGGCUUCCAAUUAAAUAAUAUAACUGAAAGCAGCUAUUUGUUAUACGUUAUAACUGUUAUAAUUCAUGGAACCGAAGAGUUUUAGCAUCCCAUUUACUAAUUACUAUAUGUAGUUUCUUCUCUACUUUUCGAAUAAAAACCAUCUAUUAUUGCAAUUUUUGUUAACAAUAGAAGUUUCGGGUUUUUUACUUAUAAUUUCUAGACUUAGAGUUGGUUUUUACAUAUUCCGAUUUAAAUAAUAAUCUUGUGUAUCAAAUUUUGUUUUAAUCCAAGACCAUUAGACCUACCGCUGAUAGGUUAAUUCGCAUUUUCUUUUCAUCUUUAGUAUUGGUUUAUUUAUAAUUCUAAAAAUCAUAACUCCAGAAUAAAUAAUUAAAUGGAAUAUGCUAGGAAGAACAACGAAGCAGAGAAAUUUUUUUAAAUAAAAAGAAGAAAAAAAAACUUAAAAGAGGUUAUUUAUAACUUAAUGUAUCUGUCGUUAAAUCUGUUGAAUAGUUCUAACAAAACACAAUCGUUACAAAAGUCAAUUGGGUUCCCACGAAACGGUGGGGCCCUUCGUGACCAGGAGAAUCAAAAAGAAGAUGGGAAAAGGCUGGUUGGCAUGUGUCUCGGUUUCGUGUUUAUCAUCAGGAAAAGACAAAAAACAACAAAGACCAGAGAAAGAGAAGAAGAAAUGGUCUGGGAGACAAAAGAGUAGAGAAUCCAUUGAGUUCUCUGAGGAGAGGACUUCUCCGAUUGACCCUUCAUCUUCAUCUAUAACUCGGCCGUCUCCUUAUCCUCCUCCCUUGCCGGAUUUCGCUCCUCAGCCAUUGUUGCCACCACCAUCCCCUCCUCCUCCUCCUCCUCUUCUCCAUCCUCUUCCGGCAUCUGCCAGCAAUGAAGAAAAUGGUGGUUCCAAAGAAGCAAAGACUAGACAAGCUCUGGCUCUUGCAUCGGCUGUUGCAGCCGAAGCAGCUGUGGUGGCUGCGCAUGCUGCCGCGGAGGUUGUACGUCUCACGAACACGACAUCCACAAAUCAAGUUAGGGAAUCAAAGGAGGAAGCUGCCGCAAUCAAGAUCCAAAAUGCGUAUAGAUGUUACAAGGCAAGUCGAACUCUACGCAUGCUGCGAGGGAUGGCCAGACUCAAGACACUUCUGCAAGGAAAAUACGUCAAAAGACAGAUGAACGCGAUGCUUAGCUCAAUGCAAACACUUACACGUUUACAGGCACAGAUUCAAGAGAGGAGGAAUCGGUUAUCUGAAGAGAACAAAGCUCGUCAGAGGCUGGUUCAACAGAAGGGUCACCAAAAAGAACAACACAAAAACCAGAGUUUGAUUAUCGCUGGAGAUUUUGAUUCCACCAAUAGAUCAAAGGAACAAAUCAAAGCAAAGUUUGUGAACCGAAAAGAAGCUUCUGUGAGACGUGAAAGGGCUUUGGCGUAUGCUUAUAGUCAUCAGCAAACGUGGAGAAGCUCUUCAAAACUUCCACACCAGACUCUGAUGGACGCAAACACUCCGGAUUGGGGUUGGAGUUGGCUUGAACGAUGGAUGGCUUCUCGUCCGUGGGAUCCUGAAUCCAACGACGGUCAGGCCUCCUUCAAAAACUCUCUCAAACCCGAAACCUCCAUCAAGACUUCUCCAGCCUCUAAAGCUAGCCGAAAAGCUAUCCAGUUGCCGACAAACAACGAUUCCAGGGGCAUGAAGAGCGAAGGGACUAGCCACAUGCACAACGUCGGUGGUGGGUCAUCUACAAAUGUCAAAGAUGGUGAGAGCGUUGGUAGCAGCUCUUCGUCACGCAGAAGUUCCUUUGGUAAUGCGGAAGCUGGGAACCCCAAGGCUAGUGGAGAAACUACAAGCAACCCACAACCGUUGAAGAAAUCCAAGGCUGGUGUAGAAACAACAAAAAACAUGGUUAAUGCGCAAGCUAUGAAACCAAAAGCUAGCGCGGGAACAACAUUUAACUUGGCUAGCACGCAAGCUUUGAAAUCCAAGGUUAAUGUCGGAUCAACGAGCAACUUGGGCUUGCAAAAGAAGAAGGUUGUGUCUGAUAAAAACAAACCUCCGCAAGUGGUAUUGCCAAAGAAGAGGCUUUCGUCUUCUACUUCUCUUGGGCCAGGGACGAAGGUGCCCGAUUCAGACAAAGCAACAACAGGCGCUGCAAAUGGAGAGAAAAAGAGAAGAAACGGUGGUAGCCGUUAACGUAAUAAAGGAGUUGCUUUGAUGGCAGUUUGAUAGAAUUAGCAUCUACAGUCCUAAGAUUGUUUUCUAUCCAAGGCAAAAUACAAACGAGAGUGUGAAAGGGUCUGUAUUUUCGGUUGUUUUUUUAACAAGUAUUUUCGGUUGUUUUUUUAACAAGUAUUUUCGGUUGUUUUUUAACAAGUAUUUUCGGUUGUUUUAUUUGAGUGAGAGUAUAAAUUACUACUGCUCGUUUGGUUUUCAUCUGUUAAAUUAUUUUCUUUAUUUUUUUUAGUAUAAAUCAUCUAUUUCCUAUCGAUUUUUGUUUAGUUAUAUUAUGAACACAUUUAAUUAAAAGCAUUAUAAUUUGAUUGGUUAUAAAAUGUGACAUAAUAUAAUUGAUGUAUAUUGAUGAGCAAACAUUAUUUUACAUAAGAUUUAGUUGCUGACAAAAUCAACUUAACUAAACUAUUUUUAAUUACCACAAUGUUAAUAAUGGUUCGUAUUAAAUCAUAUGGUUAUCCUAAUCAAAAACUUGCUAGGUUAUUAAGAUGCCAACCAUUUGGUUUGAUAUAAUACUAUAAAAUUUGACGUAUGUUUUUAACAUAUAUGUAUUAUUUUGUUUAGUGUUUAAGUUACAUGUAAUGUUUAUGCGGCAUAUAUGGUUUGGAUACACAAUUUUGUUCGAU